AUGCUUCCCAAUUUCCUGCCAGUUGCCCUGGGACUGAUCCUACUAUCGCCCACGUUAGUUCCAGCAUCUUGCGCCCAGCAAGCGGGGACUAGCUGGAAGCUUGUCUCAGACGGUGCUGUUAGCCAGAGUCCACUCAGACCCGCGCUGCCAGAGGUGGUGAUAUCGGAGACAUGGGACAUUCUAGGGCCAUUUAGGCUCGGUACAAGAGAGGCCAUCUGGGGAGCAGAUCCCUUGGAGUAUGACGGUGGAUUCCACAAUUUACCAUAUGACCCCAAUUCCACCUUCAACAGUGCCCUUGGGACGAAUGGUUCUGUUCAAUGGAGCACCACGCAUGCAAAUAUAUCAAGAUCCUCUGGCGGUCAAGUCCAGGCGGCGCUAAACGUGAGCUUUCCAGCCGUGAAUUGGGCAUUCAUGCAAUCGGUCUAUGGCUGGUCAGCAUUACAGUAUCAAGCAUGGGCUCGUGGGGUACUGGAGAUCAAGGGAUCUCAACCACAGACUAUUGCCCUUUUCGGGGAUGGUCUGUUGGAAUUCUUGGUGGACGGCGAGUCGUAUUUCGGUGGGGAUAUGUUUCGGUACCACCGGGCUCCCAGCUUGAUCAAACUAACACCAGGCCAUCAUACAUUGGAGUUGCGGCUGACACGCGAUGUACGGGCCCUCGGGGGACUUAGAAAUGCCGUCGAAGUCAUUUUCCAUGCCGAGCUGAGAGGCCAAGAGCCCAUCACGUUGGACCAAGACAGCCUGCUGGUUUCCGAAUUGGUUAACGGAAGAAUUGGGAGCCCAUGGGCUUCGAUCAAUGUACAGAACAACGAAGAGCAGUUGGUGGAAAUCAAGUCCAUCUGCGCAUUGAAGGUUGGACUCUUCCAUCAUCUUACCAUAACGGCACAUCGUGUCUCUAUGCAAGGCCCACUGCGGAUUGCUGGGCACCAAUCUCGGCCUCUGAUUUUUACUGUCUUGGUCGAGGCAGGCCGUGAACCUCAAUUCUCUGUAGAGGUAACAUAUCAGACCGCAGGCAAGAGUUCGCGUGUUAUAUGUUUCAACAUUAAUCUUGAACAACGACCGUUGUCAGACCCACUUCGUAUGACUUACCUACACCCGGCAGGGAUAGUUUCUUAUGCUAUUCUGCGAGCUCCACCUACAAAGUCUUGUAAUAUCUCGCUACCCGCUCCGGUGAUUCUGGUUCUCCAUGGGGCUGGACUUGAAGCAGAUUCACCCCAAGCGCGAGGUAUGCUAGAUGCAACGUACGGGACCUGUGCUUGGAUUCUGAUCCCAAGCGGUGUCACUCCGUGGAGUGGAGAUGACUGGCACUAUUGGGGUGCCGCUGACAUCCAGGCUGCGAUGUCCGCCAUUGCGAACUGGGUGAAACGAACUGCUUGGGAUGGCCCCCCUGCUGCUUUGGAUAAACUGAUUGUGGCCGGUCACUCCAACGGAGGUCAGGGUGCAUGGUACUUUUCCACCCAUUUCCCAGACAACGUCUCUGCUGUAGCGCCUGUCUCCGGAUAUACAUCGAUCGAAAAUUAUGUUCCAUAUACGAUGUGGCAUGACUCAGAGCCCUCGCUUUCGUCGGUUCUCUCCAGAUCGCGGUCAACCUAUAAACAUGAGUUGUUAGUGGGUAAUCUGGCUGGUAUUCCCGUCGCACAACAACACGGAGGAGACGACGAUAAUGUACCUGCAUAUCAUGGACGCCUGAUGCACGAGCUCUUAGGUCACACUCAGUGGCCCUCUGAGUACCAAGAGCUGCCGGGCAAGGGACACUGGUACGACGGCGUGAUGACGACCGAGUACCUGAAAGAUUUCUAUCGAACUAUGGUCAAUCAGUCUAGCCUGGCGAGGGCAUUGCCACAAACCUUCACCAUUACGGUUCCAGCGUCCGGGGUAUUGGGAUCUAAAGCUGGGAUCCAGGUCGACCAGCUCUACACACCGGACGUGAACGGUAAGUUUCGAGUCGCUCGCUCUCUAGACAGGAAGACAUGGCACAUUACCACUCGCAACAUUCGUCGAUUUCACUUGUUAGCGAUUUAUUCUCAGGCCGAGCUGCCUGAAGCAAUCGUGCUUGACAAAAUGAACGGGACCUUCCAGGUAGAUCCCACUCAAAGUACGGAAAGCUGGUUCGUAAGAGAUGCCGAAGGGCAGUGGAGUAUCUCCCAUGACUCAAUUUGGAAGGCAGAAUAUCAAAGAUAUGGCCGCCAGCUUGGUGCACUCGAUGGCAUUGUCCGCACUCAAGGAAAGCUCGCCAUUCGGAGAUGUUCUCCUGGAGUGGAGCAAGUCGCUUUGCAAAUCAGUCGCAAUUUCUUCCAGUACUUUGCAGCAGAUUCCGAGAUUCUUGAGGAUUGCUCAGGCACCAGUGCAGAGCAUCAACCUGGCAAUGUAAUUACGCUUGCUAUUGGCCAAGAUUUGCCAUCAACCGCGAUGGAAUCAUACCCGAUUCGCAUUCACCAAGGUCGUCUUGUCAUAUCAACGAGCCGUUCUUCAUCGGCGCUUCCUGGGUUUAAACAAGAAUACUUCUAUGGAGAGCCAGGCACAGGAGCGGUCUUCCUUCGACCCUUCCCGGAAGAACGACUGGAGCUGGUUGUUUGGGGCACUGACUUGGAUGGAUUGCGGCAAGCGGCUCGUUUGGUUCCAACCAUCACCGGGUCAGGGCAGCCGGAGUAUGUGGUUCUAGGAAAUCGCUCUCGUUGGGAAAGCGUGGCUGGAGUCUACGCUGCCGGUCACUUUGACUGGUCUUGGCGGAUAUCGCCUGGCUCAUACCAAGUUGAUCCCAUGUAG